AUGGGCCAAAAAAAGGAAGUUGGCACUUACUAUGGCUGUUGGUCCAAGUGGGUAUAUCCAGUUGAAAAAAUCCCCGCCGAGGACUUGACUCGGAUCUACCUUGCCUUUCUGGACGUCGAUGUGGAUGGAACAGUCAAAGAGCGCAAAGGCUAUGAAUAUAUCUUCGAUGUUGCAAAAGACCUAAUCGAUAAGGUUAAGCCGAAGAACCCAGACCUUAAACUGAUUUUCUCGAUUGGAGGUGGAGACUCUUCUGCGACCUUUCCAUCGGUCGCAGCUGAUCCAGAUAAGCGUGCAAAAUUUGCGGAGACCUCCCAAAAGCUGGUCGAGAAUUACAAAUUCAACGGCAAGACCGAUGGUUCCAACUUUGUUCUCCUUCUUGAAGCAUGUCGAAAGGCGUUGGGCAAUGACAAGGGCUUAAGUUUUUCUAGCCCAACCGGCAUGAACAAAUAUUUGGACUUCUACAAUUUCAUGGGAUAUGACUUGGCAGGCAAAUGGAACGACAAAAGCACACAUUCGUCGAAUCUACACCUACAUGAUUGUACUUACUUGAGUAUUGAUAAUGCUCUAAAGGAUUAUCUAGACAGCUCGGUGCCUGCUGACAAAAUCAUCCUCGGAAUGCCCCUGUACGGGGUCGUGUUUGAAGGCACCGACGGUCUUUGUAAACCGUACGAGUCAGUACGCAGUGACAACCCGUUCUAUGCCGACUUAUUGAAGGGUCCCCAGCCAGAGCUCGACCAGGAAGCAGGGGCCUCGUAUACCUUCGACAAGAGGACAUUCACCUCAUGGGACACUCCAGAUGAGAUCAAACUGAAAGCGAAGUAUGUUAAUUCUCGUGAUCUGGCUGGUGGCUAUUUUUGGCAAUGCGGUGGUGAUACGAUUGGCGAGAACAACGCAGUUACUGCAUUUAACCAGGCGUUACGCAAAUAA